GCGCGCGUGUCAUACGGCGCGUGCAUGUGUUGUUAGCGUACGGGCGCGCGUGUGCGUGUUUGGCGCGCGGUAGUGCGUCGCGAUCGCCCGCGUAGCACGACAAAACCGCACGGGAAUAAUUAUCGUGUUCGCGAGCGGGUAUUGCGUCGCGCGGGACGUGGCAGCACUGCGCGCUCCCGAACCACAUUGUACGGUCGGGCGAGCGGCGUACGCGACCAGUUAUUAAACAUUUCGACGCCGAACGCGCAGGAACGCCGCCGAGUCGCGUACCGUUCCGUGCACAACGACCACCACCACCACCACCUCCACUACCACCGCCCGGCACUCGUGCCCUCCGAACGGCUCUCGCCUGCAGCACCAGACGCGGAGUCACGCACGCACUCCGCUCGCCGGACAUCGUACGCACGCACAAGCACGCGACUAAGAUGGCCGCCGUGUGAACGUCGCCGCUGCGAUCACCGCCGACAACGUCGCACAAGCGCGCAGCCUCAUUCAUGUUGUUUAUAAUGGCUACCAAAACUGAAGUUGAAAAUGAAGAAGUUGAAAAUCCACUCGAAAAUCAAAAUCUGAAUACAGUUUGCAAAACAUUACAGUUUUCUGAUACUAAUAUAAAACUAAAUUCAUCAAGAAAAAGAUGUGUUAGCACAUCAAUUAUUAUAAGCUCUUCGCCAAAGAAAAAGAAAAAAGAUGGUCAAAAUGUUAUACCACCUAAAAAGUUUUUACUUGGUGGCAACAUUUCUGAUCCGCUCAAUUUAAAUAGUCUACAAAAUGAAGAUAUCAAUAAGGCAAUGAAUAAAACUCCAAAAUCAUCUCCUUUACAUUCAAACACAAUCAACAUCAAAAAAGACCAUGUGAAUGUUAUUAUUCCUCGAAAUUUAUCUGAUCCAUUAGAACUUGGUACCUGCGAUGAUGUCAAAGCAGUUAUUUGUCCUGAAUUAGAUUCAUUGAAAGAAAAAACUCCGCAAAAAUUGAUUACUAAAAAAGUAAUAGCAAAAUCAUUAUCUGAUUCUGGUUUACUCACUGAAAACACUCAAGAAAAUAAUAGUUUAUCGGAAUUAAUUGAUAAUAAAGAAAAGACAGUAGAAGAUAUUAUUUCAUCACCAUCAAAGAAAAAAGCCAAAAUUGAAAUGUAUGAAAAAAAUAUUUGUAAAGAUGAAGAUAACAAUAUACUUAGUACUGUUAUUGAAAUAAUAGAGAAAAUCAAAGAAGUAUUAGAGAAUGAAGUUCAGAUUAAACCAAUAGAUUCAUGUUUUAUUCCAAUUCCUAAAAGUCCUGUUAAACAGUUCAACAAACCAUGCAAAAUUCCGUUAUUGCCUGAAAAAAAUAUGAAAGACAUUAUGGAAAAAGAAGAGCUGCGCGAACCAAUUAAACCCAAAAGAAAUGUAGUAAACCCAGUUGUUCCUCAGACCACAUUAACAGAAAAAAAAUGCAAACCUCAGCAUAUUGUUGCUAUAUCAACUAAACCAAAACAAAAAAUAAAUAAAAAUGAGCCCAAGUUUAAAGAAAAAAAUUCUUUGUUUAAAUAUGGAAAUUACAACAGAUAUUACGGUUAUCGUAAUCCUGAUGAUGAAGAUCAUAGACUAAAAGUACUAGCUGAACGUAUGGAUUUAUUCUACGGAAAGGAUGUAUUAGACAUUGGCUGCAAUAUCGGUCAUGUUACAUUCAGCGUCGCCAGAGAUUUUGGUGCAAAGUCAGUAGUCGGGAUGGACAUUGAUCGUAAAUUAAUAAAUAUUGCGCGUAAAAAUGUACAAUAUUAUAUCAAUGACACAACGCAGUCUUCCUCUCAUCUUUCACCAAAUUACCAAUUUAAUGAUUAUGCUUCACGUAGUCAUAAUGAUGUUAACUGUGAUACAACCCAAUCAUUUCCUAUAUCUUUACCUAUGUUGUACGGUCCUAUCAAUUUACCUGGUAUGACGAUAUUUGGAAGAUUUCCCUUCAAUGUUUCUUUUGUGCAGGGAAAUUAUGUAUUAGAAUCUGAUGUCAUGCUCUCGAUGGAAGUGUGUAAGUUUGACGUUAUUCUUUGUCUGAGUAUUACCAAAUGGCUGCACUUGAAUUGGGGUGAUGAAGGAUUGAAACGAGCAUUCAAACGUAUGUAUGCACAAUUGCGACCUGGUGGAAUACUUGUAGUAGAACCACAACCAUGGAAAUCUUAUGGCCGGAGGAAAACAUUAACAGAAACCAUCUGGCGAAACUACAAGAACAUUGAACUAAAACCUCCGAUGUUUACUGAGUAUUUGUUAAACGAAGUGGGUUUUGCCAACUGUGAGACUCUUCCUAUGCCCCAAAACUUGUCAAAAGGAUUUCAGCGUCCGCUCAAACUGUACAGAAAACCUAACACUACUAUUCUUAGAAACGUGCCAAAGUGCACAGAUGUUCAACCUAAUGAAACACAAUCAAGAUCAUGAGUGUAGUAUUGAGUACUUCUAAUUGUUUGUAUUAAUAAGUUAUUGUUAUAUAUGAUAUUGUUAUGAAUAACAUUGUUGAAUUUAACUGGACCAUUUGUAUAUUUUAAUUACCAAAUCGUUAUUAAAUAUUUUUUUCUCUUUUCAAGAUAUUAUAAAAUAGUACAAAUUCUA